UUUUCACACCCUUGCUCUCUCUCUCAUUAUAUAUACUACUAUGUAUAUGUGUAUAUAUAUGUACACGGGACAUAUAUGUAUUGGGUCAGAUUUUAGAAGGAGAAAUUGAGUGAAGGAAGACAAUUCUCUUUCGUCACGUCACUUUGUACUCCCUUCUCGCUCGCUCUCUCUCUCCUCGACCUGUGAUCAUAAGAGCUUUUUUCCUUCGAAUCUGUGGUGGAUUCGCAUCUCAAAAAAUAAACUACUCCUAUAUUUUCCUCUUUAAUCUUCAGUUAUCGAGUUCGGUUAGGGUUCGCUGACUUUCACUUCUUUAAGUAUUUUAACAAUUAGAGGAUUCGAGUUUCCAACACGGGUACUUGAGCUAAAAAGAAAGAUUCAUGUAACAUAGCACUCCUCAAGUUGGCAGUGGGAUUGGGCCCAAGAUUAGUCAAGUUUGUUAUUAUUUGCUGAAAGGUGAUGCAAUGCAGCAGUCAUCAGAGGAUACCUCUUCCGGUCAAUCAAAGGUUCCACCAAAUUUUCCCAGGGAACUGGGAAGUGGAGCAUGGGGAGUCUUGUCUAGAUCUGAUGUCUAUCAUGCCUCAAGUGAUGCUUCCCUUUUUUCCACUUCAUUACCAGUUCUACCCUGUAGCAAGUUGAACUUACACAAUACCGCUUAUGGUGAUCAAUCUGUUGAUAUCUUACCCAGUUUGGACAAAUUCAAUCUAGAUGUAGAUGAUAAUGAACUGCUUGAAGAUGUUGAAUAUACUGCCAUUGGAAGCUUGCUUCCGGAUGAUGAGGAUGAGCUUUUAGCUGGAAUAAUGGAUGGUUUUGACAUACAUGGGUUGCCUAAUCAAGUCGAUGACGUGGAAGAGUAUGAUUUGUUUGGCAGUGGAGGAGGUAUGGAAUUGGAAUCUGAUUCACAAAAGAGCUUGAGUGAGGUUAGGUCAAAGAUGAGUUUAUCCGUGUGUGGUGUUGGAAAUGGUGUUGCGCAUUAUGGCUAUCCUAAUGGUGUGGGAACUGUUGCCGGGGAACAUCCAUAUGGGGAGCAUCCUUCAAGAACUUUGUUUGUACGGAAUAUUAACAGUAAUAUUGAGGACUCAGAGCUGAGAACUCUCUUUGAGCAAUAUGGCGACAUCAGAACUCUAUACACUGCUUGUAAACAUAGGGGCUUUGUGAUGAUAUCUUAUUACGAUAUCCGUGCUGCUCGAACUGCUAUGCGAGCACUGCAAAACAAGCCACUAAGGCGGAGGAAACUGGACAUCCACUUCUCAAUUCCAAAGGAUAACCCAUCAGACAAGGACAUUAAUCAAGGGACUUUAGUAGUUUUUAAUUUGGAUCCAUCAGUCUCCAAUGAUGACCUUCGUCUAAUAUUUGGGGCUUACGGCGAGGUCAAAGAGAUAAGGGAAACACCACACAAGAGGCACCAUAAGUUCAUUGAAUAUUAUGAUGUUAGAGCCGCAGAAGCAGCACUUAGGUCCUUAAAUAGGAGUGAUAUAGCUGGUAAACGCAUAAAGCUUGAACCUAGUCGUCCUGGGGGAGCACGUCGAAACUUUAUGUUGCAAAUAAACCAAGAGCUUGAACAAGAUGAAUCUCUGAGUUUCAGACAUCAAAUGGAUUCCUUAAUUACCAACUCCCCUCCAGGUAGCUGGCCGCAGUUUGGCAGCCCUAUAGAACAUAGUCCUCUCCAAAAUCUUGGCAACUCCCCUGGCUUCAAGUCUCUGAGUCCAACACUUAGCAAUAACUUGCCCGGCUUAUCUUCAAUUCUGCAUCCUCGGAUACCAAAUUCGGCAAAAGUGGCACCUAUUGGGGACGGAAGAGUUGCCCAUAUGGAGCAUAAAUUCGCGAACACAAAUUCGAAUCAUAUAACCGCUUUUCAUCAGUCUCACUCAUUGCCAGAUCCAAAGCUGAACCAUUAUUCAGGGAUCAUGUCCUCCUUUGGUGGCGCUUCAAGUUCCAAUGGUUGUGGUAUUGAAACAUUGUCUGGCCCACAAUUCCUUUGGGGAAGCCCCACCCUUUAUCCAGAAAAAACUAAUGCUUCCACCUCGCGAAAACUGUCGUUGACAUCAAGUGGGCAGAGCCAUGGCCCCCCAUUCACUAGCCGCCAAGGAUCUUUAGUCAGUUCUUCUCAUGCUCAUGUUGGAUCUGCUCCAUCUGGUGUUCCUUUCCAGAGGCAUGUGGGAUUCUACCAGAAUUCUCCAGAAACAUCAUUUGUGGGUCCAGUGGGUUUGGGAGGCAUAGGUUUAGGCCACAACGAUGCGAGCUUUUUGGUGAAUCGUACUGUUCCAGGAAACAUGUCAAGAAACGGAUCGCCUGGUUUCAGUAUGAUAUCUUCGCACCGGCUUAGUCCUGUGUUCCUGGGUAAUGGUCAUUAUCCAGGGCUGAUACCCACUGGAUUGGUGGAGGGUUUUGAGCGUGGGUGGGGCCGACGUGUUGAGAACAGUGGGAACCAGAUAGAUAGCAAAAAACAGUUUCAGCUUGAUUUAGAUAAGAUUAGAAGUAGGGAAGAUAUGCGGACAACUUUGAUGAUUAAAAACAUCCCCAAUAAGUACACCUCAAAGAUGUUACUUGCUGCCAUUGACGAAAACCACAGGGGCACUUAUGAUUUUGUUUAUCUGCCCAUAGAUUUCAAGAACAAAUGCAAUGUGGGUUAUGCAUUUAUUAAUAUGUUGUCGCCUUCGCACAUAAUUCCAUUCUAUGAGGAAUUUAAUGGAAAGAAGUGGGAGAAGUUCAAUAGCGAGAAGGUUGCUUCCUUGGCAUAUGCCAGAAUUCAAGGAAAGACAGCUCUUGUCAGCCACUUCCAGAACUCAAGCUUGAUGAAUGAAGAUAAGCGAUGUCGUCCAAUUUACUUCCAUUCAGAGGGCUCAGAGGCUGGUGAAGAGGUACUAUUCACUUAUCCGAUGAAAGGUAUAUUAUGUCAAGAUUCUCUGCUUUUCUAUAUGGCCGGUAGAAUCUCAAAUCAAAUUGGUAUUGCUGAAAUUUCCAUGUCUAAACAGAUUUCGUCUGUUCUCUUUCCUUUGCUCUAGGUCCAAUCCGUAGUGUAUCUUCAUGUUGUUUGGUAUCGUUUUUUUUUUUCUUCCAAAACCAAAAGAAAUUGUCUGGCAAGCUUUUUCCGAGAACUGAUUUCGAAAACUUUCUGAAAACAACCCAUUAUCCAAGGAAGAAAGCUUAUUUAGAAAUUUUGGAACUGUUUUCACUUGGAACUGUGAAUAAGAUGGAGAUGGGAAAUGGAAACGGAGAGAAUUGAAAACAACAGUAGCCAAUAUAUGUAGCAGAAGAAUUAAUAACAAAUAAUAUAUAAAUUGUAUAGACAAGGAGAAUUAAAAAUGAAUAAUAAACAGAUUGUUUAUGUUGAAUGUCUUAGCUACCAACCUACUGAAUUUUUUUUUUUAAAAACAUAGAUCAUCCCGGAACAUCUUCCCCUGAAUGAUUCCAACAUCCAAGUCCAUCAACCUGGGUCUCACUCAGAGGAUUCUCUGGGAAGUCCUUCAAAGGGCAGUCCAGAAGAGAAGCCAUAUAAGAGCUAAUGGUCAAGAAAUGGAAGCAUAGUGCUAGCAGACAAAAUUGGUAGCGUCUGUCAGUGCUUUUGUGUAUAUACCUUAAUAAUAUUAUGAGAUGAACUGGCAAAAGAGGCAUGUGUAGAUUCUGUAUAAUUAUUUUGACAUUUUGCAAACAAAAGCUUUUGGAGCUGCAGGAGGAGUAUUUUGACUGAUGCGGGGAUCAGUGGGUACCUAAAGCAUAUGGGAAUGGUAUCUCCUCUCAUCAUUCUUCUCUUAGAGUCUUCUUGAUAUGUUUUUGAUUUGAGAUUGACAAAAUCAAUCUGCAAAUAUGUUGUUUUUUGGGGUAUAUAGAGGAUAUGGGGAACGUGUGUUGUGGGAUUGAAAUUUUUGGGUUGUGAGACUAUCUAAAAAUUGUAUAGUGAGAGGACAGACUGCUUUGUCAAACUUACAAUGUACUCCUCUGGAUAUAAAUGCCUAAUUUUGAGACGA